GGGAGGUGCCAAUGUCUGUCCAACAUGGGCAGCACAUUUCUGUUGGGGAUCGUUUCUCACGCAACCAAGCCAGGUUAUGCUCGCCAGAGUACCCUGGCCUUCGCUGCGCGGUGACUUACCGCGGGCGUCAGAGAAGUGCUGCGUUCAGGGUCUCUUGGGCUCCCCCCAGGUUGAGCCUCGCGCGCGGACGCUUUGGAUUGCUGGCGAGGGUUUCUUUCAAUCACGUGCAACGUGUAGGCAUGUCCAAAUGCCGUGGCCCGGCUCAGGUUUUUCUCGCUCGAGCCUCGCGCGCCCAAGAAGGUGGCUGCAGUCAGAGUUGGCGGGGGGCCCCAGACGCAGCCUCGAGGUGCCAGUCAUGUCAGCGGAGCUGCAGUGCCACUCCGACGCGGAGCUGCUCCACGGGUCCAGCGACGACGCAGAUCGGCCCACGCAGCGCCAGCCCCUCUUCGCGCGCAAGCUGACGCACUCGGUGGUGCUGGCAGUGUCCUGCGGUGCGAUCCUGGCGCUGGCGUCCCUGGGCGUGGCGUCGCACUGGAGCGGGCAGAGCGGGAGCCGGGCAUCUGUCCGGAUCCGGGGCGCGACAAAUUUGGACGAUUUGGGCAACCUUGUGGACGAUGUGAAAGAUGCUGCGGACGAUGCCGUCGACGAGGCCCAAGACGCUGCGGACGACGUCGUGGAGAAGCCGCCGGGUGGUGAUGUGGCGGAGGAUGCGGACGAGGUCGUCGACGACGCCCAAGAUGAUGCGGAUGACGUCGCGAAGGAUGCGGACAAGGUCGUCGACAAUGCCCAAGAUGCUGCGGAUGACGUCGCGGAGAAGCUGCCGGGUGGCGAUGUGGCGGAUGACGUGGACGAGGUCGUCGACGACGCCCAAGAAGAUGCGGAUGACGUCGCCGAGGAUGCGGACAAGGCUGUCGACGAUGCCCAAGAUGCUGCCGAUGACGUCGCGGAUAAGCUGCCGGGCGGUGAUGUGGCGAAGGAUGCGGACGAGGCCGUCGACGACGCUCAAGAUGAUGCGGAUGACGUCGCGGAGGAUGCGGACAAGGUCGUCGACAAUGCCCAAGAUGCUGCGGAUGACGUCGCGGAGAAGCUGCCGGGCGGUGAUGUGGCGGAGGAUGCGGACGAGGUCGUCGACGACGCCCAAGAUGAUGCGGAUGACGUCGCGGAUGAUGCGGACAAGGUCGUCGACAAUGCCCAAGAUGCUGCGGAUGACGUCGCGGAUAAGCUGCCGGUCGGUGAUGUGGCGGAGGAUGCGGACGAGGUCGUCGACGACGCUCAAGAUGAUGCGGAUGACGUCGCGGAGGAUGCGGACAAGGUCGUCGACAAUGCCCAAGAUGCUGCGGAUGACGUCACGGAGAAGCUGCCCAGUGGUGACGCCUAAGGUCAUGCGGAUGACGUCGCAAAGAAGCUGCUGGGUGGUGACGACGUUGAGGCUGCGUCGACGACGACGACGCAGCUGCGUCUCCACCAGCAGCAGUGGUGCAGGUGACGGGUCGUGGCGCAGCCCUUGAACCGGUGAUUGGUGAGGGGGGGGCGGGAGAAGCCGCCGGGUGGUGAUGUGGCGGAGGAUGCGGACGAGGUCGUCGACGACGCCCAAGAUGAUGCGGAUGACGUCGCGAAGGAUGCGGACAAGGUCGUCGACAAUGCCCAAGAUGCUGCGGAUGACGUCGCGGAGAAGCUGCCGGGUGGCGAUGUGGCGGAUGACGUGGACGAGGUCGUCGACGACGCCCAAGAAGAUGCGGAUGACGUCGCCGAGGAUGCGGACAAGGCUGUCGACGAUGCCCAAGAUGCUGCCGAUGACGUCGCGGAUAAGCUGCCGGGCGGUGAUGUGGCGAAGGAUGCGGACGAGGCCGUCGACGACGCUCAAGAUGAUGCGGAUGACGUCGCGGAGGAUGCGGACAAGGUCGUCGACAAUGCCCAAGAUGCUGCGGAUGACGUCGCGGAGAAGCUGCCGGGCGGUGAUGUGGCGGAGGAUGCGGACGAGGUCGUCGACGACGCCCAAGAUGAUGCGGAUGACGUCGCGGAUGAUGCGGACAAGGUCGUCGACAAUGCCCAAGAUGCUGCGGAUGACGUCGCGGAUAAGCUGCCGGACGGUGAUGUGGCGGAGGAUGCGGACGAGGUCGUCGACGACGCUCAAGAUGAUGCGGAUGACGUCGCGGAGGAUGCGGACAAGGUCGUCGACAAUGCCCAAGAUGCUGCGGAUGACGUCACGGAGAAGCUGCCCAGUGGUGACGCCUAAGGUCAUGCGGAUGACGUCGCAAAGAAGCUGCUGGGUGGUGACGACGUUGAGGCUGCGUCGACGACGACGACGCAGCUGCGUCUCCACCAGCAGCAGUGGUGCAGGUGACGGGUCGUGGCGCAGCCCUUGAACCGGUGAUUGGUGAGGGGGGG